AUGCUUUCGCGGCUUGCAUCUGCCGCGAUCCUGAUUGCGACCGUCCGUGCGGUGGAAGUAGAUGACAGUCUCGGCGUGCCUCCAAUGCAGUGGAUCAAUCUCUCCAAGCAGCUCAACGCAACCGGCUUGUCUCCACCUGCCCUGUACGGUGCAUGUCUCUCUGCACCGACACUAGCCGCUUCAACCAGCACAAAAUCUGGCUCUCUGCUUCUCUUUGGAGGAAGGUCAAGUUCGUCUGCUACCUCUGGCACAUAUCUGCUCGAUCUCACUACGCUCAGCUGGAGCAAACCCUCGCCGCCGAACGGAUUGAGCGCCGCUCCCAGCUCUCGCAGCCACUCGACCUGUACGUAUGACUCUGCAUCAAAUUAUCGCAACGGUGUCGCACUCUUCGGCGGACUUGCCAGCGAUGGCACGACAGCACUCAACGAUCUCUGGCUCUUCGAUUCGCUCUACGAAUUUUGGACUCGAGUCGACACGCCCGAUGGCGCUCAGCCUACAUGGUCAGCCGUAGGCGGCAUCGAUCCAACGUACACCAGCUCGACAAAUACUUCGAAUGCAUUCGUACUCGCCGGUGGUAUAUCCAAGGCCAGCGACGCUCUCCAGACAAUCUCGUUGCAAGGCCAAGUCAGCAGCAACGUGCAAUCUGCAACGGCAAGCCUCAGUGUCCUACAGCCUUCGUCGGCCGGGCUGCUCCAACGGUAUGGUGCGGCAGGAACGAUUUUGCCUGGCUCCACACUCGUGCAGUAUAGUGGCUGCAAUGCGACUGCGACCUCGGCAAAGACAUACCUAGAUAGGGCUCCCGAUCUCGCCUGCGCCCUGUCUACAAUCAGUGUGGCCACCAUGGGAUCUUCCUUUGAUCCUUCCGAUCUCGGCAAAGCAGCACCCAGUAUCUCAUCUUCACAAAGCUGUCCCGCAGCUCGGCUGGGCGCGGCUAUGGUACCUAAUCUCAACAGUGCCAAUGCUGCAUUUAGCUCGCAAGCUCUAUUGAUAGGUGGCGCUGUGGACACGGACCAAUACGAUGCAUUACAUGCUGGCGAAGUGGCCGUCUAUAGCGCAUCUUCCGCAACUUGGAUGCGAGUCAUCCCUGCGCCUGACAGUGACGGAUCGUUCCCGAGCUUCGGCCUAGAUAUCAGUGCUGUCUCUCUGCAAAGUAGUAUCGGGAGCAUCAAAGGUAGCCGUGCAGUAGAUUCAGGCGCCGUCGACGUCAUCAUCUAUGGCGGCCGCGACAGUACGUCUGGUCAAGCUUCAAACGCAAUGUGGCUGCUUCGCCUUUACGGAGGCUCGGUGGCAACGCCAGGAAAUGCGAAUAAUAUGACAUUCUUGGACAGUUGUGCGGUCCAGAAAGCACCCAAUGGUAGCCCUGCCGGAUCUACCGAUACUACGGCCGGCCUAUCAGCUUCGAUGCUACAUUCUGUACUCGGGCUUUCCUCCAUCCUGUGCUUGUUGGCUGGCUUCGUCGUGCUCAGAGCAGCCAUACCUUCUGUGGAAGGACUCGAGGGUCAGCUAUCGGCAGCUGCAGCUGCUUGCACAUCUUCUGCCAUCGAUUACAGCGGAAUAGCGUUGCUCUGCAUCGGAUGGGCGACCGGCGUCAGCUCUCUCAUGGCUGGCCUCCUCCGCACAAAGAGCACCGAUAGCCACGAGACCGCGUCUCUGAUGAAUGUGCUCGAUCAAUCGAGACAUGCACAGGCGGCGCUGGUCUACUGUGCUUUGAGCUAUUUGGCGCUGCCCUGUGCACUCUUUGUGCGCUUGGCGCGCUACCGCAGCGCGGUCUACGCGAGACCGCCGACUCCAGCCCAGAAGCUAAGACACGAAAUUUCAUCUGUCCAGCUUGCUAUGCUUGAUCGAGAUGUUGCAAGGGAGGGCUACGACGAGUCACCCGCAACGAGACAAUCGCGCACCCGUUCCUUCAUCAGCUACAUCUCGUCUGUCACAUCCAAGCGACUAUCUGGCGCUUCAGAUCGUUGCCGCGAUUCCAGCUCGUUCAGGGUUGUCAAUCGUCGCGUUCGCGCCAGCCAGGGCACUCUCGCUCUGCCUGGGCAGCACUCGCCUGAGCCAAGUUCGACGAGCUUGAAAAUACAAGGCAGGUCAAUGAGCGAGCUCAGCAUGGGUCCGAUCCAGUCAGGGUUGUGGCAAGCUCCUCCACGACAAUCGCCCGCCCUCCGGCUGCUAUCUUUAGUAAAUCCAGACAACCCAAGUGACUUCAGCCGGCUCGCUAUAGCAAUCCGCUGCUUGACGCAUGCCGUGAUCGGAUUUGGCGUGGCACUCUUGCUUGGCGCGGCAUGGAGCUGGCGGCAAAGCCUGUUUGCACUUCUGUGCUGCAUCGUGGCGGGCUUCUACAUUGCCGUCAUACUUCUAGCUCUGCGCGGUCGGCCUGGACAAGCAGCAUCACUCUUUGUCACACUACUUUAUCGGUGGCGGUCGCACGGCAAGUUAGACGAACGAGUGAAGCCGGAUCCUGCGUGUCAGCAACAGAACCUGAUCGCAGCCUGGGUGCAAGGCCAUGGAGGCUUGCACAACGCACAAUGGGAUUCGAAUGACGAUGACGAUCAGCUCGAGCGAGAGAUGAACACGCGCGAUGUUGCCGUCGUCGCUCUAGUCACGGAGAAGUGCACAAGCGACAGCUUCAUUGCACACGUUUUCAUAUACCCUGGUCCUUGCAUUGCGACAUUAGCCCGAUCAUUUACAACGAAUUUUUAA